UCAUGCUGCUGCCAAGUCCAGAGUCUCUCAUGGGUCCCUGUACGGCCUCCCAUUGCUGCUGUCUCCAUCGCCACACUCUGCCAUGUGCCACUUUCAGGUCUCCUCACACACUGCUGGUGUGUUCCAUUUUUUGUCAUAGGGUGCUGGCAGAUUACGGGCCUCCCAUAGCUGCUGCCAGGCCCCUAAUCUGCCAUUGGCCCCUGUACCGCCUCCUCAUGCUGCUGCCAGGUCCAGAGUGUGUCAUGGGUCCCUGUAAGGCCUCCCAUUGCUGCUGUCUCCAUCGCCACACUCUGCCAUGUGCCACUUUCAGAUCUCCUCACACUGCUGGUGUGUUACAUUUUUUG